GGAUCCCGCUCGGGGCAGCAGGAAAACAACUAUGACCGAAGAUUUACCUUCAAGACGACUAACAAGAGAUAGUAGAAGUUCAGCCCAGGGCAGCAACCAAGGGAAAGCAUGAAGCGUGGGAAACGCUUGGAUCCCCCGUCCGACACAAGCAGCACUCCAAGAACGCUCAAAAGAACCCAUGAAUGCUCAGAGUGUGGGAAAUCCUUUGCUCGCAGGUCCCUCCUUUUGACCCACAGGAAGGUCCAUGUGGGAAGUGGAUCCAGUGAAGGUUUGGAGGGUGAGAAAUCUUUCUCUGGGAAAAACUCCAAAGAUCCCAGAAGCUCCCCAACACUAAAACCCUAUAAAUGUGAGGAAUGUGACUCAUGCUUUAGUAAAAAGUCACACCUUCGUACACAUCAGAAAAUCCACACUGGAGAGAAACCUUAUGAAUGUCUGGAAUGUGGGACAUUUUUCCGUCAAAAAACCACUCUCAGAAACCACGAGAGGAUUCACACAGGGGAGAAACCUUACAAGUGUUGGGAAUGUGGGAAGAGUUUUGCCCAGAACGCAAAUCUUUGGUCCCAUGGGAAGACUCAUGUGGGAAUAAAAUCUUACAAAUGCUUUGAAUGUGGAAAAUGUUUCACCCAGAGUUCAACUCUUCGGAGUCAUGAGAAGACACAUGCAGGAUUAAAACCUUACAGAUGCUUUGAGUGUGGAAAAUGUUUCACCCAGAGUUCAGGUUUUCGGAGUCAUCAGAAAACGCACACAGGGGAAAAAAAUAAAAAGUGCUUCGAAUGUGGGAAAUGUUUUACCUUGAGAUCAACCCUGGUGGUACAUCAGAGACGUCACACUGGAGAGAGACCCUAUGAGUGCCCAGAAUGUGAGAAACGAUUUGUGAAUUCUUCUGAACUUCGGAAUCACCAGAAUUGGCACAAAGGGGAGCUGCCCCAUAGAUGUGGGCAUUGUGGGAAAAGUUUUAUUACGCCAGCCCAUGUUCAGAUUCAUCAGAGAAUCCACACAGGGGAGAAGCCCUACAAAUGUGGGGAGUGUGGGAAAUGCUUUUCCCAAAAACAACAUCUUGGAAGCCAUCAAAGGUCCCACACAGGAGAGAAGCCACACAAAUGCAUGGAAUGUGGAAAAUGUUUUGUAAGCAGGAGAAACCUUCGGAGCCAUCAUAAAACCCACACAGGGGAGAAGCCACAUCAAUGCAUCGACUGUGGAAGAUUUUAUAGUAGCUCAUCAGCCCUUAGAAGUCAUGUGAAAAUUCACACAGGGGAAAAAAACUACAAAUGUUUGGACUGUGGGAGAACAUUUGCUCAUUCAGGUUCCUUUAGAAGUCACAGCCGAAUCCAUACAGGAGAGAAACCUCACAAAUGCUCAAAGUGUGACAAAUGUUUUAUUCGGAAAGAUUAUCUUGUGAGUCAUCAGCGAAUGCACACUGGAGAGAAACCAUAUAAAUGUCUGGAGUGUGGGAAAUGUUAUGUCCAUCCUUCAACCCUUCGUAUGCACACGCGAAAUCACGCAGGAGAACAGCCUUAGAAGUGGCACAGAGUGUGAGAAACCUUUUCAUAGUAAAUCAAAGCUAGAAAAGCACCAGAAAGUACUUAGCAGAGAUAAAUCUCUUCACUUGUGAACAAUGUUGGGAAACCUUUUUUUUUUUUUCAACAUUUACAUCUUAACAUUUGACAGGAAUCUUCGCACAGUGACAGGAGGAAAUCCUGCAGUUGUUUGGUUUGAGUAAAAUGUUUUUCCUACUGAAGGAACCUGAAAUAACAUCAGGGAGUACACAACGAGGCAAAAGGGUGUAAAAUCUUGGGAGUGAGAAUAUUUUGCUAGUAACUUACCAGAGUGAUUCCAGAAAAGAGUUAUAAGUAUUUGGGGAGUAGAUAAAAUGUUUUGCAGAGCAGAGGAAGUCCUUGACUUAUGACCACAACUUGGAAUGGAUUUCUGGUCAUAGGUUCCUUCAGUCGUAAGUCAAGGAACCAGGUAUUUCUCUUAAUUUUUACUAGAUUUUGUUGAUCCAUGAGGAGAACUGAAAAAUUAGGAGAAAAUUUUAGAGAGAAGA